AUGCUUGACAGUGGUUUGCUUGGGAUCUGGGAACUACGUUAUAAUCUGCGAGCAAGAUGUAUUGUUACAUGCGGCAUCAACACAGUGGAUUUGGUGAACAUCGAGUCUUUUCUCAACUCAAAGUUCUCAGGUGGAGGUUUUGAUGCUCGGUACGAAGAUGUACUCCUGGUGAGAGAUGCUAUUUUCACACAGAGGUGCAUCAUGGAACCACCUCCGAAACACGUUAUAUUCAGUGUUCCCACUCAAUCGUACCAAUAUCCCCGACAGAUUGAAGAACACACCGAAUCUAUUAACUAUGUACCAAAGAAUCAUUUCCCACAGCCAUUAUUUGACCGGUGUACUUUGAAUACCACCGUACCUUCUGUUUGGCUGAUCAAUGAAUACAUAGCAGGAUACAGUUACAACCUAAGAUGCUUCCGACGCGCGAUUUCGGGAGCACUCCGUCUGCUUUAG